AUGAGUCUGUUUGCCAGAAACUUCCUCUCGCUGCCUAAGCAGACGAAGUUUGCCUCUGUUAGAUUCUUCGCUAAGUCUGCCGCCGUUAGCUCUACAAAGUCCUUGGAUAGGGCUACGUUGACUAUCAGAGAUGGACCGAUCUUCAACGGAUACUCCUUCGGUGCUGACAAAAACAUCAGCGGUGAGGCCGUGUUCACCACCUCAUUGGUGGGAUACCCUGAGUCUAUGACUGAUCCCUCGUAUAAAGGUCAGAUCAUUGUGUUCACUCAGCCUCUGAUCGGUAACUACGGCGUCCCUUCGGGUACUGCCAGAGAUGAGUUUGGCCUGCUGAAAUACUUCGAAAGUCCUCACAUCCAAUGUAUCGGUAUUGCAGUCAGUGAUGCUGCCAUGCAAUACUCUCACUGGACUGCUGUUGAGAGUUUGUCGCAGUGGUGUAAGAGAGAGGGUGUUGCUGCUAUCACCGGUGUCGACACCAGAGCUUUGGUUACUUACCUCAGAGAACAGGGUUCCAGUCUUGCUAAAAUCUCUGUGGGUGAGACUUACGAUGCUGAUGAAGAUGCUGCAUUCGAAGACCCGGGUUCUGUGAACCUGGUGCACAAGGUCACCACCAAAGCCCCAUUCCACAUACCAUCUCCAAACGGACAGUUCCACGUUGCUGUGUUGGACUGCGGUGUCAAGGAGAACAUUUUGAGAUCUCUGGUAUCCAGAGGAGCUUCCGUGACCGUUUUGCCAUACGACUACCCAAUCCAGAACAUAGCUGACAAGUUUGACGGUGUGUUCAUCUCGAACGGACCUGGUGAUCCAACCCACUGCGCUUCGACUGUUGCCAACCUCAAGGUCACCAUGGAGAACAACAAGGACUUGCCAAUUUUUGGUAUCUGUCUAGGACAUCAGCUGCUGGCUCUGGCCUCAGGAGCCAAGACCGUCAAGUUGAAGUACGGUAACAGAGCUCACAACAUUCCAGCCUUAGACUUGACCACCGGAAAGUGCCACAUCACUUCCCAGAACCACGGAUACGCUGUCGACGCUGCCACAUUGCAUCCAGAUUUCAAGGAGUAUUUCAUCAACUUGAACGAUCAAUCAAACGAGGGUAUGAUCCACAAGACAAGACCCAUCUUCUCGACCCAGUUCCACCCAGAAGCCAAGGGUGGUCCUUUGGACUCUUCCUACUUGUUUGACAAGUACUUUGAGUUGCUGCAAACUUACAAACAAGAGAGCAACAUCAGAAAGAGUUACAAGGUGGACGACCUGUUGGUUGACAUCUUGCCCAAGGAGAGAGUGAUGUAA